AUGGCAACGAGUGAAGAAGAGGAGGAAGCGGCUGAAAGUAAUGCUAGGCAGAUACCUCAAUGCAACUGUAACAUGCAGCAUUACCCGCGAAAACCUGGAGUUUUUCAGAAAAAUCGCGAAUCACUGGUGAACACUGCAACCUACCUAGCACUAAGCCAUUUGGGAGAUGGUGAUCCCAGCAAAUCGUUAACCUCAUUUCUCAACGAUAUGGAGACAUUCAAAAGUCACAUAGCGUUUGCUGGAGAGAUGAAGAGAAAACUGGAGAAACUGGAACAAGCUCGACUCCAAAAGCUGGCUGAUGAAGCUACCAACAAGCAGGAAGCAAAAGAGAAAGAUGAAUCAAAUGCUGAUGAAGAGAGUCGUCUUUCCACAGACGAAACCAAAGACGAUUCCAGUAAACCUCAAGAAACCACUGAACAAGAGAACGCUCAAACUGAUGUCGAAGAGACUCAAAUCAAAGAUGUUCUGGAUGGUGAAAAGGAAACUGAACCAAUGAUAGAAGAAAAGCUCAAAGAGGAACCAAAGUGUUCCAUGAAAAGCAAAGCCAGGCGACGCAAGCACCGAAAAGCAACUAAUGUCUCAAAUACCGAAAAUGUGCCGCCAUUAAAAGAAGGCAAUGGCAAGAGAAACAAAAGAAAGGCUCAACAGAAUGAGAAUUUAAAAAUGGAGUAA